CUGUGACUGAACUCUCACCACCUCCACUGCAGAAGGUCUUCAUGUAGAAAUUCUCAGCCCGGGAGUUUGGGGGGCAUUUCACCUGUGAAGCAAACAUAAUUAAGAUGAGCUCCUUUUUUGGUAUUUUUGGUUUUUGUUCCCUGGGGUGGAUCCUCGUACUGACCGUCUUUGUGCAGCAGCUCGGUGCAGGGCAGAUUGAUGGCCAGUGUCUGGGGAGAAACUGCUCCGUAUGUCAGUGUCUUUCUGUCAAAGGUGCACGGGGAGCUCCAGGUAAGCCAGGUACACAGGGCCCCCGGGGACCAAUGGGACCAGUGGGACGUGAGGGGCCACCUGGAGACAAAGGCAGCAGAGGAGCAGAAGGGACACAAGGCCCAAGGGGACCUGAAGGAGAUCGGGGCAGAAUCGGUCCUCCUGGUUUUCCUGGACAUGACGGCUUAUUAGGUCACCUAGGGGCAGGUGGUGACCCUGGUUUGCCAGGAGGUUUGCCUGGUCCAAAAGGAAUUAAAGGAGAUCCUUAUUUUGUCCCACGUUUUCCUGGCUUAAAAGGAAAAGUUGGACGUAAAGGUCAACCAGGCCGUCCUGGUCCCGUGGGCCCUGAUGGCUUGAGAGGACCUCCAGGUGACAGAGGAAUGCCAGGGAAUCCUGGAGGAUCAUUCGCUGGUGAUAAAGGUGAUGAUGGGGAACAGGGUCCACCCGGCCCCCCAGGACCAGAGGAGAUUGUUGAAUUUCCUCCAGAUUUUCUUCCACUCAAAGGCUACAAGGGAGAAAAGGGUCUCCCUGGACUAUGUGGACCAAAAGGCCAAAUGGGAGGUGGAGUGGAUAUCUUUGGGAUAAAGGGAGAACAAGGAAUCUUGGGAUUUCCUGGAUCUAGAGGCUUUCCAGGUAAUCCUGGUAGAGAAGGACGACCAGGACCUGAGGGUUUCCGUGGAGACCAAGGACUCCCAGGUCUCAAUGGAGGAACUGGGCCAAAGGGUUUCCCGGGAGAACCAGGUCUCCCUGGACCGGAAUACUUUCACAACGGAAGUGAUGCCAGAGGUGAAAAAGGUGACCGUGGAUAUCCAGGAACAUCUGGACCACCAGGUGAACCAGGGUACCGAGGUCUGCAAGGGCCACCUGCCCCCCCAGGGUUUAUAAGACCAGAAGAGCCAGGUGUUCCUGGUCCAAGGGGAGAUUCUGGUCCAAAAGGCUACAAAGGAGAACCAGGAAGACACAACAACUUUGAUCACAUUUCACUGCUAGGACCAAAGGGAAGUAAAGGACUUUCUGGACCCAAAGGUGUCACUGGCCUCCCCGGUCGCCGAGGAUGUGGUGAUUACCACUGUGAGCCUGGUGACCCUGGUGACCCUGGUGACCCGGGAUCCAUAGGACCUACUGGAAACAAAGGGCUCAAAGGAAUCAGAGGGUGCCCAGGUGAAUGUGAAUGCAGGUUCAGUGGGGGCAAUGUUGGACCUGCUGGUCCACCAGGUUACACAGGACCUCCUGGCUUACCUGGGGCUUCAGGACCAAAAGGAGAUCCUGGACUUCAAGGACCUGAAGGUCCCACUGGGCCUCAAGGCCUUAAAGGAGUUCUAGGUAUAAAAGGACGGAAGGGUCAGAAAGGUGACACAUUUUCUGCAGCUGCCAAAGGUGCCAAAGGUGACCCAGGAGUUCCUGGAUAUGCUGGUCUGGUAGGAGUAACAGGACGGCCGGGACAGGAUGGACAUCCUGGCCUUCCUGGAGACCCUGGACUUCCAGGGGCUGGACAUGCAGGACUACCUGGUCCCAAAGGAUACCCUGGUGUUGUUGGACCUAAAGGGAAUCCAGGCACCGCAGGCCCUAGAGGACCAGGUUUGCCAGGUCUAAGGGGUUCUCCAGGACCUACUGGAGAUCCAGGACCGCCCGGACCCUCUGGAUUUCUGGGGCGUCCAGGACCUCCAGGGGAAGUUGAUAAGUGCUGCCAUGAAAAUGAGAUCGGCUCUCCGGGUCCAAAGGGUGAGCCUGGUUUCCCAGGAAAUCCAGGUAGGCCUGGCAGAAAUGGUCUUCAAGGACAUCCAGGGCUCCAAGGCCCUAAAGGCAUGAAAGGAGAUAAUGGUAAUUUUGCAGUUGGGCUGCCAGGACCACCAGGUUUAGAUGGGAACCCAGGUGACCCAGGUCUUAGGGGUAUCAGUCUAGAUGGCCCUCAUGGUUCUCCUGGAUUAACAGGACUUCCUGGGAGAAAAGGUGAACCAGGAGAUGUUUUCUCUUCUGGUCAUGGUAUCUUUGGUCUACCUGGUUUUCCUGGUCUCUCUGGUGUGGUUGGAAAUAAAGGACUGCGUGGCUUAUCUGGAAUUCCUGGAACUCCAGGCAUACAAGGCAAUCCUGGCCGCCCGGGCCCUAAAGGAGAACCAGGAGUCAACGGUGACCCGGGUGCCAUUGGUUUCCCAGGUCCACAAUGUGCUAAGUGUGACAUCAUUGAAACUCCAGGGCCUCCAGGGCCUCCAGGAAAUCCUGGACAGAGAGGGUUUUUAGGACACCAGGGUCCAAAGGGCUUGAAGGGGGAUGUAGGUUUUCCUGGUCAUGGACCAAAGGGUCUUCAGGGCUUUCCAGGUCCUUCUGGUGUUAUAGGGCUACCUGGACCAGGUGGCAUUGCUGGCCCUGUGGGAGAUCCUGGUAGUGCUGGUUUUCCAGGAGAAAAAGGUGAACGUGGCUCUCCUGGAAGAGCUGGGGCAAGAAGUUUACCUGGACGUACUGGAUCUCCAGGGCCCAGGGGUAAACAGGGAGAGAGGGGAUUCAAUGGUCGACCUGGUCAGCCAGGAGAUCUGGGUCUGCCAGGGGUAAAAGGUUUGCCGGGUCCUCCAGGAUUAUCAGGAAUAAAUGUGACAAAGGGUCCUGCAGGACUUCCUGGAAGAAGGGGUCUACAAGGAUCACUUGGACAAACAGGGACAAGGGGUCAGAGAGGAAUACCUGGUGAGAGAGGGCCUGAUGGACGGCCUGGUCCUCCAGGGUUAAAGGGCAGCAUUGGUGCACCAGGCAAAUCAGGAUUACCAGGGAUCACUGGGAACCCAGGAAUCAAAGGUUUGCCUGGUCCAAGAGGAUUUCCUGGACGGAUUGGUGAUCCGGGCGACCCAGGCCCUACAGGACAUCAUGGGAUACCAGGGUUACCAGGAAGCACUGGUGCCAAGGGUGAAAUUGGAGAGUCAGUGGGACAUCCUGGUCCACCUGGACCUAAAGGACUACCCGGAGACCAUGGACCAUGUGCUUCCAGAGCCCAUCCAGGGGAUCCAGGUGAUCCAGGACCCACAGGAAGACCAGGGUCACCUGGACAACCAGGCAUUCAAGGGGGACAAGGGAGACGUGGACAACCAGGAUACACUGGUCCUCGUGGUCCAUAUGGAAGUGCAGGUGUUCCAGGUAUUCCGGGCGACAAGGGAGGUGUGGGACCACCGGGUCCAUCUGGCCCAUAUGGUCCUUCAGGGGCUCUGGGACCACCAGGGUUGGACGGAUUAAAUGGACUCAGAGGAGCCAAGGGAAUAAAAGGAUCAAAUGGCAAAGACACUCCUGGCCCUCCUGGACCUGAUGGGUUUCCUGGAGUCAAAGGUUGGAGAGGUCACCCAGGGCUUCCAGGCUCUUCUCAUCUUGGACCUAAAGGCCUACAAGGUCCACUGGGCCAUGCAGGCCGCCCAGGUUUCCCAGGAGAACCUGGAUACCCUGGUAAAGAAUGCCACAGACCUCCACAAGGAUUUCCAGGGGAUACAGGAGUUGAAGGACCUCCAGGACCUCCGGGUCCUCCUGGGGAACCUGGCACUCCAAGAGAAGGCAUUUCUCCAAAGGGUGACCCUGGACCACCUGGCCUUCCUGGGUCAUCAGGUUUAAUUGGAGUGAGAGGCAUUCCAGGUCCUCCAGGAUUUCAGGGUGAUCCUGGAAUUAAUGGCCCAAAAGGUGAGAAAGGUUCCAUUGGUCUCAUGGGUGUUCCGGGACGUAAAGGUCAACAAGGUUUCCCUGGGCCCAUGGGCUUGAAAGGAAGACAAGGGUGCCCUGGAAAUGAAGGUUUAAAAGGAGCUUCUGGUGACAUUAUUAGAUUAAUACAGGUGGCACCAAUGCCCGGACCACCUGGUCCACCUGGUUUUCCAGGACCAGUGGGCUUUCCUGGCACUCACGGUCUUCCUGGGGAUCUGGGCCGAAAAGGACAAAAGGGUUCCGUAGGGUCAAUCGGCCCACCUGGGGUACAAGGUCCUGCAGGACCAGAUGGCAGAGUUGGAGAUGCUGGUGAACCUGGGCUCACUGGAUUCACUGGACCUCAGGGUGUUCCAGGUGCACCUGGAGAUCCAGGACAACCCGGCCAGAGGGGGUCAUCAAGACUGGGCUUUCUUCUGGUCAUGCACAGCCAGUCAGUUCAGGUGCCACAGUGCCCUGAUGGCAGCACUCAACUCUGGGUGGGCUACAGUCUGGUUUACCUUGAGGGUCAGGGGCAGGCCCACGCUCAAGACCUCGGCCAGGCUGGCUCUUGCCUCCCUGUGUUUUCAACUAUGCCUUUCUCCUACUGCAACAAGGCUGCAUGUCACUACUCCAGCAGAAAUGACAAGUCCUGCUGGCUCUCCACCACUGCUCCCUUACCAAUGAUGCCGCUGUUUGGCCAGGAGAUCGUCUCCCACAUCAGCCGCUGCGCUGUGUGUGAAACAGUUUCCCCUGUAGCAGCUUUCCACAGCCAGGAUCACACUGUCCCCAUGUGUCCACCUGGCUGGCGGAGUUUAUGGACAGGAUAUUCCUUUCUCCUGCACGCAGGGGCAGGUAAUGGAGGCGGUGGCCAAUCGCUGACCUCUUCUGGCAGCUGCCUGAAGGAUUUUAGAACUCAUCCCUUCAUCGAGUGCCAGGGCGUGCGAGGUUCCUGCCACUACUUUGCCAACCUCUACAGUUUUUGGCUGACUACUGUGAAUCAGGCAGAGCAAUUUGUUACCCCGAGAUCUGGCACCAUAAAAACAGAUGAUAAACAACGAGCCAAGAGCAGUCACUGUCACGUCUGCCUCAGAGGGAAAUAAAUCUUCUGUACUCUUUCUACUUUAACAUAUUUUAUAAAUAUACCUGUUUUUUACCUAUAGGUUACAUUUAAGGUAGAUUACUCUAGUGUAGGUGUAUUCAGAUGAAUAAAUAAGUAUGAUGAUGAAUAAAUACAAUAUGAUUAUUCUUGUAACUAUCAGUGAAGCCUGAACUCACCUCCGUGCCAGCAAGACUUUGAGCCUUUGACUUGAUGUUUUCUCUUUCCCAUUUGAGCGGCAGUGCCUACCAGUGGCACAAAAGAGUAACUAUUAGAUUGUACAACAAUGAUAAAAUAAAAGUGAAUCCUCUUUUUAGCAUUUAUAAGAGGAUUGCCUUUAUUUUUAUCACAGUAAAUAACUCACAAACUUGAAGGGACACCCUCUCAUCAUCAGUCCAGGUUCAACAGCUGUGAAAACAGUGAUUCACAUCCAGAGAGUAGAUACCCACAAUGGGUUUCAAGUUUAUAUUUAUUUUUUUCUCUCAACAGAAAUCAAGUGACAAUCAGAAUACAGUACUGUUUUUCCUCAGCGUGUUUUUUUUUUCCUUUCCUUUUUUUUUUAUUACGCAAAACAAGAGAACACUCAGUGCAGUAGGACAGAGGACUCUGACGGUGCGGUGCUCUCUCUACCUUUUCACAGUGCACAUUUAAACACAAAAGAGAUUGUACAUCAUCAUUAUUACAUUUCCAAACUCCACCCAACAAUAUCCAUGGGGCAAAGUGAAUGUCUCGAAACAAUCAUUUGUAAAAAUCCAUCUCUCAUACAAUACAGCUUGGCACACUAACACAGACACACAUGCACAUCUCUCGCAGUUCACACACGGACACAUACACCCACACGUACACACACUUACACAUUCACAUAUAACACAGAGGGACCUGUGUAGAACUUCGAUUCUUACCAGAGAGGGGACUGCACUUGCACUCUGUGGGUUUGCUCGUUUGUCAAACGUAUACUAUUUUGGCAAUGUUGACAUUGCAUUUUAAUGUGCAAAGAGAACCAAUUGAGAUGACGUGAGCAGGGAGCUGAGGUAGAGGGAACAAGCUCAAGGAGAAAGAUGUGUAUGUUACCAGCCUGAUUAAAUGUGAUGGAAGAUGA